UCAGCUUCCCCAUUUCCCGCCCCCAUUGCCCUUUCGCUCUCGCACUCUGAAGAUUUUCUCUGCAUUUUCUAGGGCAGCCUUUGCUCCCUAUUGGGUUCCAUUUCUAGGGUUUUUAUCAAGCCUGGGAGCUAAUCUGAUGUUUUAUGUUUCGCCAUUUUGAUGCUCAUAUUAUUGGUAUAUUUGUAAGAGGAUAUAAUUGUAGUGCAAGAUGGGCGCUUUGAGUGCCUUCUCUAUUUGCCCUUGUAGGUUCUCUUUUAACCCUAAUUUUAAUGGUGAAACCAGGAAAUCCUUCAUCUCAAAUGCCAUUGGAACUCCAUCCGUCACAGGUGCCAAGGAAUCUCGAUUGCGCCAAAAAAGAUCGGGGAGGCUGGAGGGUCCCAGUAAAAGUAUGGAGGAUUCAGUUCAAAGGAAAAUGGAGGAAUUUUACGAAGGAUCCAGUGGCCCACCUUUGCGUGUUCUUCCUAUAGGUGGUCUUGGUGAAAUUGGAAUGAACUGCAUGCUUGUAGGGCAUUAUGAUCGAUAUAUUCUAGUGGAUGCAGGUGUCAUGUUUCCUGACUAUGAUGAGCUUGGUGUCCAGAAAAUUAUACCUGAUACAACCUUCAUCAAAAGGUGGAGCCACAAAAUUGAAGCAGUAGUUAUAACACAUGGCCAUGAAGAUCACAUCGGUGCAUUGCCUUGGGUUAUCCCUGCUUUGGAUUCCCACACUCCCAUAUUUGCUUCUUCCUUCACGAUGGAGCUUAUCAAGAAGCGUUUGAAGGAAUUUAGCAUUUUUGUACCUUCAAGGCUUAAGUUAUUCAAGAUAAGGAAAAGGUUCAAUGCUGGACCCUUUGAAGUAGAGCCCAUUAGGGUUACUCAUUCCAUUCCAGAUUGUUGUGGACUGGUGCUGCGUUGUGCUGAUGGCACAAUUUUUCAUACUGGAGACUGGAAGAUUGAUGAGUCACCAUUGGAUGGAAAGAUUUUUGAUCGUCAGGCUUUGGAGGAACUUGCAAAAGAAGGUGUUACAUUGAUGAUGAGCGACUCAACUAAUGUUCUCUCACCUGGAAGGUCAAUGAGUGAGGCUGUUGUAAAGGAUGCAUUACUUCGGAAUAUUACAGCUGCACAAGGAAGAGUAAUAACUACACAGUUUGCAUCUAAUAUACAUCGCCUUGGAAGUGUGAAAGCUGCAGCUGAUAUUACUGGUCGAAAACUGGUCUUUGUUGGGAUGUCACUAAGGACAUACCUGGAUGCAGCCUGGAAGGAUGGGAAGGCACCGAUGGAUCCUUCAACUCUGAUAAAAGUGGAGGAUAUUGAUGCUUAUGCUCCAAAAGAUCUUCUAAUUGUCACAACGGGCUCCCAAGCAGAACCACGUGCUGCUCUGAAUCUUGCAUCAUUUGGAGGCAGCCAUUCCCUUAAGUUGACCACGGAGGAUUUGAUUUUAUAUUCAGCAAAGGUUAUACCUGGCAAUGAGACAAGAGUAAUGAAGAUGUUGAACCGCAUCUCUGAGAUAGGAUCGACCAUUGUAAUGGGAAAGAAUGAGGGGUUGCAUACUUCCGGUCAUGGAUAUCGUGGUGAACUGGAAGAAGUACUGCGAAUCGUAAAGCCCCAACAUUUCUUACCCAUCCAUGGAGAACUACUGUUCCUAAAGGAGCAUGAGUUGCUUGGAAAAUCAACUGGAAUUCAUCACACCACUGUAAUCAAGAAUGGAGAGAUGCUUGGAGUUUCACAUCUCAGAAACAGAAGAGUUCUGUCCAAUGGCUUUACUUCCCUGGGGAAGGAGAAUUUGCAGUUGAUGUACAGUGAUGGUGAUAAAGCAUUUGGAACUUCUGAAGAGUUGUGCAUCAAUGAGAGAAUGCGAAUUGCAUCAGAUGGAAUUAUAGUUGUGAGCAUGGAAAUUAUGCGCCCACCAAAAGUGGAUGGCUUUUUUUCUCAACCAUCCCUCAAAGGGAGAAUCAAAAUUACGACCAGAUGUCUCUGGCUUGACAAAGGAAAGUUAUUGGAAGCUCUGCAUAAGGCUGCUCAUGCUGCUCUCUCAAGCUGUCCUGUAAAUUGUCCAGUUGCUCACAUGGAGCGCAUUGUAUCAGAAGUUUUACGAAAGAUUGUUAGGAAAUACAGUAGUAAAAGGCCAGAGGUUAUUGCAGUUGCCGUGGAAAAUGCAAAUGCAGUUCUUGCUGAAGAAUUAAAGGCAAAGUUAUCCAAAUCAAGAGGUAGUUUAACGACACUGUUGAACCAAUCAGGCGAUGACGGUCCAGCAAAGGAAAGAGCUUACAUAGAAACAGAUGAAGUUCAAACUACUACAAGUACUACAGCUGAGUUUGACAACAGCUUAAGAGAAGAAGAAUAUAUAAAUGAUGAAGAUGCAAAUGAACUGUUCUUGGAGGAUAAUGUAGACACGAGCUCUGAAACAGCAAUUCCAGCUUCAGACCCCAAGCCAGCGGAUUUUAAUAAGUUUUGGGAAAGAAAAGAAGACAAUGGAAGCAUAUCUAAUGUAAAUGUUAAAAACGCAGAAAACAAAACCUUAGCCAAUAAUUCGUCAACAAAAUCGGCAAAGAGAAAUAAAUGGGAACCUGAAGAAAUUUCUAAACUAAUUCAAUUACGUGGUGAAAUGGACAGUAGAUUUCGAGCAGUGAAGGCAAGGAUGGUCCUUUGGGAAGAGGUUUCUUCUAAGCUUCUUGAGUCAGGGGUUAAGCGUACACCUGGUCAAUGUAAAUCUAUCUGGGCUUCGCUAGUUCAGAAAUAUGAGGACAACAGGGUUGGAAAUAAGGGAAAAAAAGGUUGGCCUUUUUUUGAGGAGAUGGACAAGAUCUUAUCCGUUCACCACGCUGAGAAAUGAGUAAAUUUUGAGAUGUUGAACAACUACUUCCAGUAAGUUGCAUUGGAGAGAGAGAGAUAGAGGAGGGGGGAGGGGGGAGGGGGGAGUUUGUGGCAGAUAUGGCAGAGGAUGGUGCUAGAGCUCUGUUCAAUUUUCUCUAGUAUGCUUGCUGGAAUGCCCAAGAAUUUCACCUGCAGAUCUAGCUGCAACUGAGGACGAAAAGAAAGAAAGAAAAAAAAAAUGGGCCUGUACAAUUGAAGAUGGAGGAAUGCAUCUGGAUAUGCGUUCUUGAGGGGUAGAAAUCAUAAUUAUUCUGCUCAUGGUUGGAAGGGGUAGAAAACGUAAUUAUUCUGCUCAUGGUUGGAAUUUUGUAGUGCUAUUGUUUCAGAAUGUGUGUGUGAGAGAGAGAGGGUUGGUUAACCUGUAAGCAUCAGUGAGAAAGAGAGAGGGUUGGUUAACCUGUAAGCAUGUGAGAGAGAGAGAGAGAGGGUUGGUUAAUCGGUAAGCAUCAGUGUCAAAAUUUUGUUCUGAGAAUCCCCUGUUAAAUUAUCAAUUAAAUAUUUAUGUUCUUCAUGUUA